AUGCCCAAGUCGAAGCGCUCCAGAACUUUCAACCUGACCCAGGUCAACAAAAAGGGCCGCGAGCAAAAGGACAAGCUCUUUCAGAACAUUCGCGAUGCCGUCCCCCAGUACCAGCACUGCUUCGUGUUUAGCGUCGACAACAUGCGCAACAGCUAUUUAAAAAACGUCCGCCGCGAAAUGUCCGACAGCAGACUCUUCUUUGGCAAGACCAAGCUCAUGGCCAAGGCGCUGGGCCAGACGCCCGAAGAGGCCGUCGCGCCGGGCAUCGACGCCUGCGCGCGGCUCCUCGCCGGCAACAUCGGCCUGCUGCUGACCGACCGCGCGCCCGACACCGUCCUCGACUACUUUGACAACCUCGCGCUCGUCGACUUUGCGCGCGCCGGCAUCGUCGCCCCGCGCGCCUUCUCCAUCCCGCCCGGCGUCGUCUACGCCACGGCCGGCGAGGUCCCCGCCGAGCACGACGUGCCGCUCGAGCACACGCUCGAGCCCGAGCUGCGCCGCCUCGGCGUCCCCACGCGCAUGGUCAAGGGCCGCGUGGUGCUCGGCAGCGAGGACGGCGAGGGCGAGGCCUACGUCGUCUGCAAGGAGGGCGACGUCCUCGACUCCCGCCAGACGAGGCUGCUCAAGAUGUUUGACGUCUGCUUGAGCGAGUUCAAGGUCAAGGUUUUGGCUUACUGGAGCGCGGAAUCGGGCGAGGUCACCCAGGUCGAGUCCUCCGCCAUGGAACAGGACUAA